CGUUUUUUUGGAAAGGGGGUUGGAUUUGAGACACCCCUUCCGUGUUGGCAGAGCUGCAGGUGCUAAAACUCCACGUCGUUUUAGUCAGUGUUUUAUAUUGCAAACUUUUCAGGUUUUAGAGCAGCCAGGUCACUCGGGACUCUAGAAACCUAACUUCAAGACUGCGUGUAUGUGUUGCAGUUUGCCUUAACCGAAGAAGCCGUAUUAAGGAGAAAACAUGUCAACCGUCGAUUCAGACGAUGCAUUCGAUUUUCUCUUUAAAAUAGUUUUGAUCGGGGAUGCCGGUGUGGGUAAAACUUGCGUAGUUCAGCGGUUUAAGUCUGGGAUUUUCGUGGAAAGACAAGGCAGCACCAUUGGAGUCGAUUUCACGAUGAAAACCAUGGAUAUUCAAGGAAAACGAGUUAAGUUGCAGAUCUGGGACACCGCAGGGCAGGAGAGAUUCCGCACCAUCACACAGAGCUACUACCGCAGCGCUAAUGGAGCCAUCAUAGCCUAUGACAUCAGCAAGAAGGGGUCCUUCGCUUCCGUGCCAAGGUGGAUUGAAGACGUCAAGAAGUAUGCAGGUUCCAACAUUGUGCAGCUUUUAAUCGGUAACAAAUCGGACUUGACCGAGCUCCGGGAAGUUCAGUUUGAGGAGGCCCAGGCCCUGGCCAGCCAGUUUGACCUCUUCGAUACCGUGGAGACCUCAGCCAAAGACUGCAGCAAUGUGGAGGAGGCCUUUGCUAAAGUGGCCUCGGAGCUCAUGCUAAGGCAUGGGGGCCCCAUGUUCAACGAGAACGUGACCGACAGUAUAAAGCUGAACAGCAAGGACGUGGGGGAAAGCUGGGGCUGUGGGUGUUGACGUCCACGCUGGAUGGAGACCUCCUGGGUUUUUUCCGAGGUGACUGUGCAAUAGUUAAUCUCUUUUCUCCUGGGGACCAGUUUGGAGAUAAUUAUUUGAUAUGAUAGUAGUAUUUAUUUUUCCCAGUGACAGAUAUACAUAAGAUGGUCACACUGCGAAGCAAACAAAGGGAAACUGAAAUUAAUUAAACCCAAGGCAUGUGCUGAAUAAUGUUACAAACUGGGGGAACUGCAAUAAUAUAACUGUUUUUAAGGCCGUCAAGUUAUAUUUUCAUUUGAUCACCCUUUAUCCCCUAUAGGCGAUUUUAAGAACUGGUUGGCUAUCACUUGUAACAGCUCUACAAUGCUGCCUAAUUGUUGCCACUGAUUAGCACUAAUGCUGUGGUUAGAAGCUUACAGAACCUGAUGAAUCAUUCCAGCAGUUUGACACAUUUUGAAUGGACUGCACCUUACUAUCACUGACCAAUACUUUCUGUGAUAUUAUUCGUAGAUUUUAAUAACAUUUCAGCUAUUUAAAUUUCAAUAUGUGUAUCACAGCAUUGAGAAUUAUGCAUUUUUUCUUUAAAAAAAAAAAAAAAAAAAUGAUUGCAUUAUCGCAUUUCACAUAACUUUGCCUAACUAAUUUCUGUGAGACAGGGCUGAAUUACUUGAACUGUGAAAAGUGCUUAUCAAUAUUUUACAGUGCUGCCGUGGAAACAAAACUCAAGGUUGUAAAUAGUGUCUGGUUGCAAAAAAUAAAUACAAAUAACUUUCUUUGGCAAGCCAUUUUUUUCUAUACAGAUUCAGCACCCUGCUUUUAAUGUAU